AUAUAUAAAUGAUUUGAUCAUCACCAAACACUCUAAUCACCACUUUCCAUCUCAUCUGUUUCUUCAACUCACUACUACCCACAACAUCAAUGGUGAGGGCAUGAACAACUUCAACAUACAUCUUUCUCCAGGUUCAAGAAUUUUGAAAAAGAGGUAUGGCAUUGUCAGAAACACUUUUUCAAGUUUGGGAUGAGUGGGAGAUCCGAGCACUCCUCUUACUCAGCUUGUCAUUACAAGCAAUACUCACCACACUAGGUUCGGUACGAAAACAUUCAAAAAGUACAUUGAUCAGGUUGUUUGUUUGGUCGGCAUACAUGUCAGCAGACACGGUGGCAAGUGUUGCAUUAGGCAUUCUUGCCAGGAGCAUCGGUGGAGCUGAGCCUGGAAACAAUGACAAGAAGAAGAAUUCAAGCAACUCGAUCCAGUUAUUGUGGACGCCAUUCCUUAUCCUGCACCUUGGGGGCCCCGACACCAUUACCGCUUACUCUUUAGAAGAUAACGAAUUGUGGCCAAGGCAUUUUCUAGGGAUUGUAGUUCAGAUUGGACUUGCAAUGUAUGUGGCUUUGAAAUCUUGGCGUCACAGUCAACUUAAAUAUAUUGCCGUUCCAGUAAUCCUUACUGGGGUUGUCAAGUAUGUGGAGAAGGGUUUCGUGCUGAUGAUUUCGGGUACCAAAGCCCUUAGAAAUUUCUUGCUAUCAGAUCCUGAGCCUGGACGUGACUAUCCGGAAGAUGUGAGAAAGAAAAAAUCCGAUCCCAACUUCGUACCAUCGCCCUUGCGACCAUGUGUGUCGUCUCAAGGAUAUUCUGGAUAUCCAGAUGAUUCUCUCUCUCAAGCUUUUUACUUAUACAAUAGGCUCUCGUAUUUAUAUUUAGAUCUUAUCCUCAGUUAUUCUGAGCGCCAAGAUUGUCACUCUAUGAUCUGCAACAAGUCAUCAGAAGAAGCCUUUGAAUUGGUGGAAGGUGAGCUUGGCUUUUUGUACGAUGAACUAUAUACAAAAGUAGCAGCACUCCACCUUCGAUACCGCGGCUACUUGCGCCGAUGUUUCACCCUUUUUUCAUGUUUUUUUUCAUUGGUUUCAUUCAUGAUUUUCAUUGAUCACACAAGCCCACCAGCUGACAUUUCAAUAACGUACUUGCUACUAAUCGGAGCAAUCACUCUCGAGGUUUACGGGUUCGUGUUCCUUAUUCUAUCUGACUGGACAAAGGUAUGGCUGCUGGGUUAUUUCAAGUUAAAGAAAGUAAGAAGUGGUAAGAGAUGGUCGAGAAAGAUAUCAAAAUACAACUUGAUCAAGUUUUGCCUCAGACAACAGGACGACAGCAUGUGGAUCAAAUUUCUAGGCAAAAUUCGCAUCAAGGAAAUGGUGACCAAACAUCUAAAUGUAGAGCAUGAAGAUGUGGAUGUUGAAGUGAAAAGCUUCAUCUUCCAACAGCUAAAAGAGAGAAGUGAGGAUGUCAAUAGUUUGCUUGAUAUCAAGCUAUGCAAGAAACUAUUGAGUUACAGAGGUGAUAAUGUGCUUGAAAAACUGGAAUGCCUGGAUCUUCUUAAAUGGAGCACAAUUGAUGUAGAAUUUGACCAUAGCCUUCUUCUUUGGCACAUUGCUACCCAAAUUUGCUACUAUGAAGAUGUCAAGCGGCUUAAAGGAUCCAAUUCUCUGGAAAACCUUAACAAAUGCUCCAAACUCAGCAAAGAGUUAUCAGAUUAUAUGAUGUAUCUUCUUGUCAUGUAUCCAAAUAUGCUACCUAAUGGGAUUGGUGAGAUUAGAUACAUAGAUACAUGUGCUGAAGCCACUAGAUUUUUCCAAAAAAUGAGAAAGACCAUUGGAACUAAGAUUGAUGAAGCUUGCCAUGAGUUGUAUGAAGUUGACACGGAUUUAUUGGAAGAACUUAAAGGAGAUACAUCCAAAUCUGUUCUCUUCUAUGGAAGCCGACUUGCAAAGCAAUUGCAAACUUUGGGAUCACGGGGGGAUUGGGGAUUUGAGAAAAAGUGGGAUAUGAUAAACAGAGUAUGGGUGGAAAUGUUGGCGUAUGCUGCAGUUCAUUGUGGGUGGAAAGAGCAUGGGCAACAGUUGAGGAGAGGAGGGGAGUUAUUAACUCAUGUUUGCGUUCUAAUGGCACAUUUAGGUUUAAGUGAACAGUACCAAAUCCAGAAAGAAAACUCUGAAACCCAUAAAGAUAAACUGAUAGAGUGUCCACCUGCAUGUGAUCCUUUCUUGAAGCUUUUACGUGCUUUAGGUUUCACUCCCCGAAGGACAAUAAAUGAAUCAAAUUAGAAUGAUUAAGUCUUUAGUUCAUGUUCUUUUGAGUAUGUUUGUGUUGGAUACGUGUUAAUUGAGCUUUCUUUAAAUUAGAGUGUGUAGGAAUUUGAUGACAUGAUGUUUAAGAGUAUUUAUGGUUUUAGGUGUGAUUUUGGUUUAAAUUUCGUUAGUCGUGUUAAUUAUUUAGGUUUUACCUUUUUAUUAUAAUUUAAAAAAAAAUGAGUGUGUACUAAGUUUGUUUGCUUAUAUUAAAUGAUUUGUUA